AUGAUCACAUCCACCUGUCACAUGAUCUCAUCCACCUGUCACAUGAUCUCAUCCACCUGUCACAUGAUCUCAUCCACCUGUCACAUGAUCACAUCCACCUGUCACAUGAUCACAUCCACCUGUCACAUGAUCUCAUCCACCUGUCACAUGAUCACAUCCACCUGUCACAUGAUCUCAUCCACCUGUCACAUGAUCACAUCCACCUGUCACAUGAUCUCAUCCACCUGUCACAUGAUCACAUCCACCUGUCACAUGAUCACAUCCACCUGUCACAUGAUUUCAUCCACCUGUCACAUGAUCUCAUCCACCUGUCACAUGAUCACAUCCACCUGUCACAUGAUCACAUCCACCUGUCACAUGAUCUCAUCCACCUGUCACAUGAUCUCAUCCACCUGUCACAUGAUCUCAUCCACCUGUCACAUGAUCUCAUCCACCUGUCACAUGAUCUCAUCCACCUGUCACAUGAUCACAUCCACCUGUCACAUGAUCACAUCCACCUGUCACAUGAUCACAUCCACCUGUCACAUGAUCACAUCCACCUGUCACAUGAUCUCAUCCACCUGUCACAUGAUCUCAUCCACCUGUCACAUGAUCUCAUCCACCUGUCACAUGAUCUCAUCACCUGUCACAUGA